CGAGGCUUCACUGGGACAGAGUUUUCCAGUGUCGAAGCUCUAUAAUAAGCCGCCUGAUUCUACUUCAUCACUCGCAUCCUUCGUUCCCUCUCUCGAUCCCAAUCUCCUCCAAGGGUUUUUCUAUUGCUGAAUUUUCCCUCCACAGCCCUAACUGACACAAACAACCUCAGUAACCCACAAACGCCCUCCGAGCCCGUACUAGUUGAUCUAUCUUUUAUUUUUCUCUUUUAAUUCCCGUGUUUGAUUUUGUCUGAGCAACGGUCAAAUUGUUUUGUAAAUUUUGUUACUGUUUUGUGGAAAGCUAUCCAUUAUUUCUCCCGAUUCAAACACUUGCUUUCGUUCUUUGGAAGAUUUUGAUUCAAUUUCUUAUAGAGCUCUAGGGUUUUGACCGUUUGUGUUGCCGGGAAAGGCUGUAGUGAACGGGAUAAGAGUCCAGAAGAAAAAAUUUAUGCCUGUUGAUGUGCGGUGAGGUAAUUUCAUUGGAGAAUUUUAGCGGCUGUUGAAGAAUCAUGGGGUGAACGAUGGAGGGGCUGUGAAAAACCCUAAAUUUAUUUCGAGUUUUGAAUAUGAGCAAUGGGGAUGAGGAGAUUUCACGAGAAGCGCCUGUUGAGUUUCAAAGAAGUGGAGCCGAUGAGUUUGGGCGCGCAGUAUCCAAGGUUGCAGUGGCGCAGAUAUGUCAGAGCGUUGGGUUUCAGGGGUUCAAGGAGUCUGCACUGGACGCGCUUGCCGAUAUCACAAUCCGGUACCUCCGUGACCAAGGCAAAGCUGCGAGGUUCAAUGCGAAUUUAGCUGGUAGAACGGAGUGCAAUCUUUUUGAUGUUAUUCAGGGUCUGGAGGAUUUGAAAUUUACUCAAGGUUUUCCUGCUGGAUCUUCUGGGGGCAGUUGUCUUGUGAGUUCUGGAAUCAUGAAGGAAGUAACUGAGUUUGUGUGGUCAUCUGAUGAAAUUCCUUAUGCACAGCCACUGCCGCGGUUUCCAACAAUUAGGAGUAGGAGAUUGAUACCUAGUUUUGUACAAAUGAGUGAAACACCCCCUGGUAAGCAUAUCCCGACAUGGUUGCCAGCAUUUCCUGAUCCUCACACGUAUGUACACACGCCUAUGUGGAAUGAGAGGGCAACGGAUCCUCGUGCUGAUAAGAUUGAGCAAGCAAGGCAGCGGAGAAAGGCAGAGAGAGCCUUGCUGAGUUUGCAGCAGAGACUGGUCAGCAGUAAUGAUGUUGUGGGGACUUCGGUCUCAGAGGAUAGCGAAAAUGACGGAAAGGAAUCAGGUACAGUGGAGAGUAGUUCAUCGUUUGUUAAUUUUUUGGAGAAAGAUGAUUUUGCUCCAGCUAACAAUGCGAAUGGAGCAGUGGGGCAAAGUCAUCUUUCUGUGUUAGAGGCAUUUGCGCCGGCCAUCGAGGCUGUGAAAGAUGGGAUUAAUGACGAGGGAGAUGUUGAGAAAAAGUUACUUUCUGAAAGACGACCCAGUGUGAAUUUUAAGGUCAAGACCAGCAAGAAAAUUUUUGGCGAGCCCUUCAGUUUGUAUCAUCAAAAGAAGGGUGGAGGUAGAAUGGUGACAAGGUUAGGGCGGGAUGAGGAGAGAGAUGAAAAAAAGAGAAGAGCUGAGCAUAUACUCAGACAAUCUAUGGAAAACCCACAGGAACUCACUCAGUUGUGAAUCAGUUUGUUGUUUGGCUGGCUUGGUGGACAUGUUUUUCUGUUUGGCUUGAAGGCAGUAGUGGCUCUGGCUGUUACUUUACUGAGGAUAUAUCGUUUGUCUUGCAUGGGCAUUUUGAGAGCCUGGUGCGAGACCACCAUGUAGGCCCAAUCUAACAUGUGUUCAAGGUAUGCAAAUCAUUGGUUUUACAACACUUUCCUAGCCUCGAACCAGUCUUUGUAAUUGUAAUUUUUCAUCACUGUUUUUCAUGUUGUAUUGCUAAACUAACUAAUGAUAUCCAAUAGACAAUUCUUCCUUUCUUGAUAUCAUUAACCAUGUAGCUUAACAAUCAUUUAGAGUUGCAGAGCACCAUGUUCCUAAUGCAAACAGAUUAUAUUUUGCGUACAGCGAAAAAGUUGCUCAAUGUAAACUAAUCAAAGAGUGCUCAAUUAAUUUAUUAAUGCUUGUUUUCA